AUGAGUGAGGUCAAGGAUCAGAAGAGGAAGAGGAAUAGAAGCAAUGAGAAGAGUGUUGGGAAAGUAUUUCCUAACGAAGAGAAGCAGGAACAGCAACAAGGACAAGGACAAGGGAAUGGUAAUCCGAGCAAGAAGAAGAAAAGCCAAGAGGUUUUUCCUUUUGGAAAUUACAGAAACUACUAUGGUUACCGAAUUAGCCAUGAUAUGGAUGAGGAUCCUCGGCUUAAAGUUAUGAAGCAAGAAUGGUUUCAGGACAAGGACUGUCUUGACAUUGGCUGCAAUAGCGGGAUUAUGACUAUCCAUAUUGCUAAAAAGUUCGGUUGCCGCAGCAUUCUUGGAGUUGAUAUUGAUUCAAGCCGCAUUGAGGAUGCUCACUGGCAUCUUAGAAAGUUCGCCAGAAUGCAGAAUUCUGGUAAGCCAAGUGAAAAGAAAUCUAGUUCAGACGGUGCAGAUGAAGUACAUGGUUCAAAGGAGCAAUCUAUAUCUCUCUCCAAUGGUGAGACGAGGAUGGACAAGCCAGAAGUUAAAGACCUAUCUCAGAUUGUCUCGUUUCAGAAAGAGAAUUUUGUUCAAACUCGACAUCUUGACAACAAUCGUUAUGAUACAAUUCUAUGUUUGAGUGUGACAAAAUGGGUUCAUCUGAAUUGGGGUGACGAUGGUUUGAUCACCUUAUUUUCAAAAAUCUGGCGACUUCUUAACCCGGGUGGUAUUUUUGUAAUGGAACCUCAGCCUUGGAAAUCUUAUGAAAACAAUCGUCGUGUCUCAGAGACUACUGCAAUGAAUUACCGAAAUAUUGUUUUACGGCCAGAGCGUUUCCAAGAAAUUCUUCUUGAUAAUAUUGGGUUUAGAACAGUGGAAGAUCUUACAUCAAGCUUGUCCGGUGCAAACAAAGGGUUUGAUAGACAGAUCCUUGCAUUCCAGAAAUGA